UAAAAUAUUAAAAGGGUCAGGGUCAGUCAGGUUUGGUAACAACUUAAAAGCUCACUCUCUCUCUCUCUUUCUCUUUCUAUCCCUAAGGAGUCAGUGAGGGGGAGGGAGAGAUAGAGAGAGAGGGCUUUUAGGUUGUUCUGAAUGCCAUUGUGUUUUUGCUGUUUCAAGUUUUUCCUCUUGCCCGUACUGCAAAUGCCCUUCCAUUUUCUUCCACUUCACUAUUUGUCAAUUUUUAAAUUUUUUUUUUUUUUGUUUUUGUUUUACAAAAACAUUUUUAUUUUCUCCCCUUCUUUUCCGGCCAAUAAUAUGACUUCGUAACAGUUCCUAAUAUAAUCAGCAAGCUGUCAGAAAGAAAAUGAAGGCAUGGCCAACAAUUAUGUUAUAUUUGCAACAGAAAACCAAAACGGCUUUAGAUGUUGUUACUCUUCCACUACCUCAUCCUCUUCUUCUUCUUCGCACUGCUCUUCGAUGGGGAUGGUUUACGCUGAUAUGGGUUCUCUUUCUCUCAGUCCAAACUACGGAGGAGUAGUUUCCUCUAUUUCUUCUCAUGAAAGUUAUAAUAUCUCGAAGCUUUCAGAAGUCGAAAAAAAUGGAAGAUCUUUUUGGGGUUUACCUUUUCCUUCCUCAAAACACCAUAAAAAUGAGGUUUUGGAAGGUAAAGGCUCUGAUGAUUGCAGCGAUGAUAUUGGGGAAAAUAAUGACGCUAUAAAUAACAAACCCGAGGAUGAUGUGAACCCUAAUGAAAAUGCUAUGGUCUGUGGGAAAGAAACAGAUUGUGGGCACUCAAAACUCUGUGCCAGAGGCCAUUGGAGACCAGCAGAGGAUUCCAAGCUCAAAGAACUUGUAGCCCUUUAUGGCCCUCAGAACUGGAACCUUAUAGCAGAGAAGUUAGAAGGAAGAUCAGGUAAAAGCUGUCGAUUAAGAUGGUUUAACCAGCUUGAUCCAAGAAUCAAUAGGAGAGCUUUUACAGAGGAAGAAGAAGAAAGACUAAUGCAAGCUCAUAGAAUCUAUGGCAACAAAUGGGCAAUGAUAGCAAGGCUUUUCCCUGGAAGAACAGAUAAUGCAGUGAAAAACCAUUGGCAUGUUAUAAUGGCAAGGAAGUAUAGAGAACAAUCAAGUGCAUAUAGAAGGAGGAAGCUGAGUCAGUCUGUAUACAGAAGAAUGGAUGAAGCAAAUCCAAGAGCAGAAUCAUCCUCAGGAGCGGCGGGGACUUACUGUGCAAAUCUUCCAAGUGGGUCAGGCUUGAGCAAUGUAAAUUCUUAUCCAUUUGGAACAACCUUCAGUGGUGGUGGUGGUGGUGUUGGUGGUGGGGUUGGUUAUGGUAUGAAUUGUUCACCCCACAUGAUCAGUGGUGGAGAACCAAUGUCAAGUAACCAUGUUAAUGUCCCUUCCAACAGUGGAAUUUUUGCCCAGCAAACUCCUUUUGAUUUCUUCCCUGGUUCUAAGAGCGAUGAAAUGAUGGGAAUGCUCCGUGAGAGCAGAGCUUGGGAUAGAUCAAAUGAGGAAUCAGAGAUGGAUGUUAUUCAUGCUCAUUAUCCACCAUGUGUGCCCGCCAUGCAACAGUCAAACUACCAUAUCCUUCAUAGUUUAUCUGAGUCCACAGCUUCAAUGCCUGUAGUCUCAGCCGGUGAUCAUCAACCUUCAUCAUCAAUAGCAGUGAAUGGAGUUGGCAACCAUUUUGAGACUAUUCCACCUCCAUUCAUUGACUUUCUUGGAGUAGGAGCCACAUGAGAUGAAAGAUUAGCUAGAACAGAGGAAAAGAAGAAAAAAUUCAAAGUUUUUCAAUAUAAUCAUGAGAAAGGGUCUCAUUGUGAUUGGUCCAAGAAAAACUUAGAAAGCCAUUGGAGGUAAAGAAAGAGGAGGGAUUGUUUUUUCAGUUGCUUGAAAGUGAUUGUAAUCUUGCAUAAUCAUCAUAAUCAUCAUCAGCCUAUUGAAAUCAUAUCCCACGAUCUUUUUUCUUGUAAGCACCUAUCUCACAUUAGGACCCUUUUCCUAAAGGUAGGAACAAUAAAUUAAUUAGCUUGAUUAUAUAUUAUUAUAGCAAGUGCCAGCUAAAUUUUCGUCAUUUGUUUUUCGUUGUCCGUAGGAACAAUAAAUUAAUUAGCUUGAUUAUAUAUUAUUAUAGCAAUUGCCAGCUAAAUUUUCUUCAUUUAUUUUU